GUCAAAUGAGAGGUUAUUUGGAUCAAGUUGUGUCCAAAUACGCUAAAACCGGUGAUAUAAUCAUCUGCUCGGAUGUGGACGAGAUUCCAUCCGAAGAGACCGUACAGUUGUUGAGAGAUUGUACGGGAUUUUCAAAUAACAUGCAUUUGCAGCUCAAUAUGUAUUUGUAUUCAUUUGAAUACUUCUACAGCACUGAUGACAGCUGGAGGGCUCACAUCUCCAUCUAUGACAACAACUUCCACUACAGACACGGAAGACUGUCCGACCACUUGUUGGCCGACGCGGGAUGGCACUGUUCCUUCUGCUUCAGAAAUAUCUCGGACUUCAUAUUCAAAAUGACUUCGUAUUCACACAACGAUAGAGUUAUGGACGAGAAGUUGUUACUGAAGGAAGAGAUCCAGAAGAAGAUAUGCAAUGGAGAGGAUGUGUACGACAUGUAUCCCGAAGUGUAUAGUUUUCGGGAACUGGUGCUCAAGUUUGGUGCGAUUCCUAAGUCCAAGACAAUGACUAAUUUGCCAAAACAUUUGAUGAGAAACCCGACAAAGUUUGCAUUUUUAUUGCCCAAUGGAUGCGUUCGCGAAGAUUAUAAUCAAACCAUUAGUUUAAAGAAAGUAUAACUUAUUGG